AUGUCCGUCAAUGACCGUGCCAGCUACAUGAACGCUCCACGACCCCGCGUCGUCUCCAAUCGCGUCGAGGCUGGGCCUCGCGGCGCAUCGCCGCUACACGACAACAUGGACAAUUUGCGCUCCAGCACCGCAACAACCAGAGAUAGGUCGGUGCGGAGGAAUCCCGUCAAGGAGUCGUCUAGUGCGACUAAUCGCGGUGAUCGCGAUAAGUCUCGACCCAACUAUCCCAGUCAGAUGGACGGCGCAAGUCCCGGGGGUCGACGACGAGAAAAAGACGAAGUUACAGUACCAUGGGAUCCACAAGCUUCAUUGAUUCCUCACUCUACUGCCCCCCUCGCCUGUCGUGUCUCUGUUCCUCCGUCAGCUGCAACAGUUCCGCAAUCACUAUGCCCGCCACCACUUCGAGAUCUUUCACCUGACGCCCAGGAAAAUGCGGUUCUGGAGGAUUUACUGUUUGUAUUCAUGGGGUUCGAAGGCCAAUACAUCCACUACCAUAGCUCCUAUAACCCAUCAGUCGAGAAAGACCGCUUGACUGGUCCCGUAUACCAAUUGGCCCCUGGUCUCGAUCCGACUCUGCGAGAUCUUACACAAUCAAUGUUGAAAAUGGCAACGCAUUACAGCGCAAUGGAAGCGUUUGUGGAGAUCCAAAGUCGCGCUGAGUAUGGCGCGGUUAGCCAUGCGCUUUGCGCAUCUAUUCGCAAGAUACUGAAGGAUUACUUGAUCCUCAUCGCUCAACUCGAAGGCCAGCUGCUGAACAAUCCAACUUUCACUCUUCAUCAACUCCACCUCCACACAAUGUCAACGGGUCAAUGUCUUGCCCAACUAUACUCUUUGGGCCAGGAACUACUCCGACGUAAUGGCCUUCUGGAGGACCCGGAUGAAGAUGAGUCGAUUGAUGAUUUUGACGAUGUCGAUAACAUUCUCGAACAGCUUAAGGAAGGUGGCGAUCUGGUGCCCGGUGCGAUGGCGAGCAAGAAGAUCUGCAAAGGCGGGAAUGUUCUCCGAUUGCUCACCGAGCGCUUGGCUACAUUCUCCGGUGAUCCUACCACUAAAAGUCUAGUUCAAUCAUUGCUGCGCGAAACCAGCAAACCAUACAUGAACAUGUUGAAUGAAUGGCUUCAUCAUGGUGCCAUCAAAGAUCCCCAUGGAGAAUUCCUGAUCAAAGAGCAGAAAUGGAUCAAGCGGGAGAAGCUCGAAGAAGACUAUACCGACGAGUAUUGGGAAAAGCGUUAUACGAUUCGUAAUGACGAGGUCCCACCACAACUUGACAGUGUUCGAGACAAGGUACUGCUUGCAGGCAAAUACCUGAAUGUGGUACGAGAAUGUGGUGGGGUUGAUAUUAGCAAAGCCGUCAAGGAUGUGCCCAAAACACUCGAUGAUCCUCGGUUCUUGGAUAACGUCAAUGCCGCCUACACCUACGCAAAUGCUUCAUUACUGAACCUCCUCCUUACGAAAAACUCCUUGACGACCCGGUUUCGCUCUCUCAAGCACUACUUUUUCCUGGAUCGUUCCGAUUUCUUUUCAUCUUUCCUUGAACUAAGUGCGUCUGAACUGCGCAAGCCCGCUAGGGCUGUCAACGAGGGAAAACUUCAAUCACUCCUCGAUAUUGUACUUCGUCAACCAGGAAGUAUCGCUGCUCACGAUCCAUUCAAGGAGGACGUCAAGGUCCGGAUGAACAAGAUCGGUCUUACCAGGUGGUUGAUGCAAGUUGUUAGCGUCUCUGGAAUCGACCAAGAUCACCCAGAGGCAGCAUUCGAGAGGCAGCAGGUCUCUACAGCCCAGGCGGCGGACGAGGAAAAAGAUAUUGUCGGAUUCGAUGCACUGGAGCUGGACUACACGGUGCCAUUCCCACUUUCUCUGGUCAUCAGUCGAAAAACUGUGCUGCGCUAUCAAUUAAUUUUCCGACAUCUCUUGUCUCUGCGCCAUCUGGAAACAUUACUGGUGACCUCCUGGGCGGAUCAAAAUAAGUUGACAAGCUGGCGGCACAAAUCUUCUGAUAGACGGCUCGAAAUCUGGAAACGGCGGGCGUGGAAUCUGCGAGCCAAAAUGCUUGUAUUUGUUCAACAACUGUUGUAUUUCUGUACUGCAGAAGUUAUUGAGCCCAACUGGGUGGGCUUGAUGGAUCGGGUUAAUGGGGCCGAUGCCGAGGGGUCAGAAGUGACGGUGAAUGGCACAAAGCAGGUGAACCGAACAGUUGAUGAACUCAUGCAGGAUCAUGUGGACUUCCUUGAUACUUGUUUGAAAGAGUGUAUGCUUACACAGGCUAAGUUACUGAAGAUUCAUUCGAAGUUGAUGACUUGUUGCACUAUGUUUGCAUCGUGGACUGCAGCAUCCCUUACGCGAGCCUUGGCUUCUGCAGACCCGGAUCUGUCCGGGGACAAGGCUCCAGAUGACGACGCUCGAGCCUAUGAUCCAACCCGAAUCGGGAAGCUCGAGGACACUUUGAAGCGAUAUGAGGAUCAUUUCAACCGCCACCUCCGGAUUCUAAUGGACAGCCUGAAUUACUUCGCUGCCACUGAGAGUGUUGUUUUGUUGAAGCUAGCACACUCCCUCAGCUCGAUCAGCAAAGAAGAUUGA